AUGGCCUUUAUGGGACAUACCUUAUCACCAGCACCACUUUGGCACAAUGGUCCUACCCCAGGGGCAUUUUACAACUUUCCGGCAAACUCUUCAAACUUGGGGCCAGCCUCUCGUCCUUUACAAGAUUUUAGAGCUCAUUCAGCAAGCCCAAUCACCACCACGACAUCAGUUGUUGCGGUCAAAUUCGACAAAGGCUGCGUCAUAGCAGCAGACACCCUUGGAUCAUAUGGUUCUCUUGCCAGAUUUAGAGAUUGCCCUCGUGUUAUGAAAGUCAAUGAUCUGAUUAUGCUUGGCUCUGGUGGGGAUUAUGCUGACUUCCAGUACUUAAAGGAUAUUAUUGAACAAAAGAUCAUUGAUGAGCAGUGCCUCGGUGAUGGUCUGAAUUUGAAGCCCCGUUCCUUACACUGCUGGUUAACGAGAGUACUCUAUAAUAAGAGAAGCAAGAUGGACCCCUUGUGGAACAACUAUGUGGUGGCUGGUAUUCAGGAUGGUGAACCAUUCCUCGGUGCUGUUGACAAACUUGGCACUGCAUAUGAAGACGCAGCUAUUGCAACUGGACUUGGAGCAUAUAUGGCCACACCACUAAUCAGGGAUGUUACUGAGAAAGGACCCUUAGAUGAGGAAUCUGCAAAAGCACUGGUCCGCAAAUGUAUGGAGGUUCUAUUCUACCGUGAUGCCAGGUCAUUCCCUCGUUACCAGAUCGGUGUGGUCACCGCUGCUGGGGUAAAAAUUGAUGAACCAGUGGAUCUUAAGCAUGAUUGGUCAUUAGCUCACAUGAUUAAAAUGAAGUAG